AUAUACUUCUGCAUCACAUAGACCAACACAGAAGAGCAAAUUGGUCAUCAGUUCUGUUUGCUUGCUCAUUCUGCCCGGGAAAUACAUUCAUAUCCUCUGAAGAAUUUCGUCAACAUAUACUUUCAGAACAUUCUGAUGAGAACUAUCUCUUUUGUGCUGAUUGUUCCAAGAAUUUCAGUAGUAUUACAUCUUUGAUCCAACAUAUAAGUGCAUCCAGGUACAAGAUGUAUGUAUGUUCUUUGUGUAAUCAUACACAUUGUAGUCUGAUGCAAGUGAAGGCACACAUUGCCAAAAAGCAUGUUGGUUGUGUAGUUUACCUUAAGAAAAAAGAAGUUUCAGGUAAAUGUGCUAUGGAGAAAGAAUGGAAUAAAAUGCUAAUGACAUACAAGAAAAUUUUGUCAACCGCUAAAAAAUCCACAACAAGAAAUACAGAGUCUUUUGCCAAAAAAUCAGUAUCAAAACAAAGUGCAAAGAAUUCCGACCAAGCUGCUGCUCAAAUAGAUUUCACUGAAAGCGUUGGCAUUGGCUGUCAAAAAUGUGGACAGAAUUUAAGUAUGACUGACUUAGAAACUCACCACAAAAAGUGUCAGUCUGAAGAAAGUAUAACUGCAACAUGUGAGGCAUGUGGUCAGCAAGUCAAAAUGAAAGAUUUGGACACACAUGACAGACAAUGUCAAAAGACUAAGACAAAUCCUAAUGGAUUGAUGUAUGAAUGCGGAACCUGUGGAACACUGGAGUCUUCCCCAUCACUCAUAAAGGGUCACAUGUCAAUAUGUACUCCUACAGUGGAAAAACUUCCAUGGAGUCUACCAUCAUCAGAACCAGAUGCUAGCAUACAAAGGGUUUACUCAUGUGGAUUUUGCCCCUAUAAUGCCUA